AUGCCUCCACGUUUUUCAGUUCAGCCUUCUUGGAAGGUUUUGACAGGUACGCUGCACGGUCAAAGUCCAGCUGCCGCGUCCUCCAAUACCAUCCAAACCACUACACGAGCAGCAUCCUCCAAAGCCAGUACACAGAAGCGAACCGACUUCUUUCGGGCUGCACAGGCUCGUCAGCGCAAGGCUGCCAAUCUUUCCCGACAACAAGUUCUCAAGGAGGAGCGCGAUGCUUCACUUGGUGAUCCUUUAGCAACUCGGCCCACGGCUUUCAUUCAGCAGGUUCAAUCGAUCUCCACCGAAUCCCAAGUCUCGUCAUCAGGAGCCGGUAUCAACUAUUACCUCAAUGCGGAGGAAUUGAACAGCGCAUUGCAAUUUUCCAAAGACCUGAGCGAGCCUCUUCAGAACCCGGAUCGCAACACAGUAGACCCCCAGAAGGAAAAAGAGCAAUUGGAGAGUCAUGAACAACAGCACAAAAACGCAGAGGAGGCGAUGCAGCGCAUUGUGAAUCUCAGCAAUGGUAAUACCAAAGAUCGCAUGCGAUUGAAUAUACAGAAGUGUAUCGAGGAGUUUGGACGACACAGCACCGAUACAUUCCUUCCGCCCAAGCCUGCCAGCGUUCAGCAACCGAAUACCUCCGACAAAUUGGAAAAAGUUCCCCGUGUUGGCAAUGAUACCGGCUCACCCGAGGUGCAGGCCGCUAUUUUGACUGUCAAGAUCAUGAACCUUUCUCGACACUUACAGACUGCCAACAAGGACAAACACAACAAGCGUAACUUGCAGGUCCUUGUCCACAAGCGACAAAAGUUGCUUCGUUACGUCCGUCAAAAGGAGCGCGGUGGCCCUCGUUGGCAGAACCUGAUGGAGAAGUUGGGUCUCUCUGAUGCAGCAUGGAAGGGAGAAGUAGCUCUAUAA